AUGGUUGGUGUACCCGGACGUUCCAAGGGCUGCAUAACCUGCCGGCAACGGAGAAAGGGGUGCGAUCUCGCCAAGCCGACCUGCGACCAAUGCAACCGUGCCGGCCUGACCUGCGCCGGCUACACCACGGAUCGCGUGUUUGUCAUCAGCACACCAACCAGCCGCAAAGCCGGGUACCGCGCAGAUCUAGCCCCGGGACAGGCAGCUUCGCGUAGCCUCAGCACCAGCUACACAACAACCCAUCGCCUCCUCUCUCGCCCCGAGGAAGAGCACCGCUGUAUCAACCUCUUCUGGGAAGCUUAUUUCCCCACGGGCCGGCCCAUUCCCAGUAGCGUGGUCCGCAGUUUUACCUGCGCCUGGACCGAGACUGCCCGAACGCUGUACCGUGAUAAUGGUUGUCUCAAGUAUGCGCUGUGGGCGAACUGUUUGUUCGUCACGGCGGGGGGAGAUGAAGUGGAGUGGAUGAGGCGGGAGGCUUCCAAGUCGUAUGGACGUUCGUUAGCGGAUUUGAGGCGGUCGUUGAUGGUACCGCAGCAGGGCCCGGCGAGAAGAGAUGCGUUGAUUGCGACGAUGAAGUUGUUGAGUAUGUUUGAGGCACUUACACUGGCUGAGAAUGGGCCGGCCAACAAUGAGGCUGAUGAUCCCGCCGACUGGCAACGGCACCAAGCGGGAGAAAUGGCCUUGUUCAUUGCCCGAACACCAACGGCCCACAUCGCCGGCGAAUCCCACUACAUCUUUGCUGACGAGCGCGUCGACAUGGCCAUGUCCGCCAUCCUUCAGCGCAAGCGCUUCGUACUCGGCAAUCCCGAAUGGAAAAGCGCUCCCUGGCAACAAAUCCCCAAGGACCUCAAAGACGUGCUAGUCGACGUCCUCGUCGACAUGCCCGACCUCGUCGUCCUCUACGACACCAUGGUACACUGCCAAGACAACCCAUCCCACCAGGAACGCCUGCGCGCUGAACUCCACGCCCGUUGCUGGGAAAGUGAUCGCCAACUUGAGGCUUGGUUCGCUGCUCAAGAAGCAGGAGACGACAAAGAAAGCUCCGGCCAAGACCACCUCAUUACCUACGUCGCCCAAGUCCACGGUAUGAUUAUCUACUGGACCACCGCCCUAGUCCUCUACACCAUCCUCCGAAACUCCUUGCCGCGCCACGAACAGCCUUCAGCUCUCCCUCCACGCACUGAUCCCCUCCCACACGCUAAACAGCUCGUGAGGUCUCUCACGGAGCUGCUGAAGCCAAGUGCUGGAUUGUACGGCCGGCAGAAUGUGGUGCUGCCGUUGGAGAUCACUUGGCGAUUCGUGAGGGAUUGGCGGGUGACGGGUCUGGAUGCCGUAAAUGUGGGGGUCGAUACGAAGGAAGAGAUACGAGGGCUGAUCGAAGGGAUGAGAAAGGUUAGAGAACGGUUGAGAUAG